UCUCGGUGGUUAAACGAGUUUGGGAAGAUUGACUUUUGCUAUGACGGAUUUGCUUUUGUGCUUUAGCCUAUUGACAAAACAAGAACAUUAAUAACAGAAAAAAAGCACAUACUGAAAUAAAACCAGGCUGACGAGGAGAAAUAAGACGAUAUACAUUUACACGCUUUGUUUCUGUCAUUUCAAUACGCGUUGUUUUACGCAGGUGAACUGAACUAAUGCACCUGUCUGUCAUGUGGAGCACAUGACCGGACGUCACUGCGAACGCACAACUUUCAUUUUAAGCGUUUUUAUGGGAAUGAAAACUCCUGCGUCCUGAAAAUGGGAUGUUGUUGUUCCUUUCCCAGCGGAGACGAUGAGAGAGAACCUUUGCUCCAGUCAAACAGUAAAACACAAACAGAAUCUGGAAGACCAUCAAGUCCAGCAGCUAAUGAAAUACAGUCUGCAAGAUCACGUCCAGCAGCUAAUGAUGCAGUUAAGAAGACUGACAGGUUUGAAGCCCGACGUGUUGGUGUGAGUGACCUCGAUGAGCGUUUCAGUGAUGUUGCCGAAACGUUCAACAAACAGCAUGAGGACUAUGAAACUAUGAAGAACAAGCUCCAGACUGUUGCAAAUCGCUACAAAUGCCCAACUAAUGACAGUCUGUCUCAAUGCCUGAAGAAAAUCAAGGAGGAACAUGAGAACUGCCACAUCAGUCUGGAGGUUAAAGGAUAUGACUUCACUCUGAUGGUGAGGUCAGAGGCCAAAAUCCCCAACGACCUGAAGAGGACACAAGAGAACAUCACAGAGCUGAGCAAAGCUGCCAAAGCGGUCAUAUCUGUGGCCACUAAACUCCAAGAAAUGAUCGAUUGGCUUCUGAAGGCGGAGGACACCAUGACCAAACAGGUGGAAGCUGCCGAAUCCAGUCACCAAGAGCAGAAAAGGCUGGUGGACAACCUGAAGGAAAACCUCAGAGAGGCACGAAGAGCGAAAGAAUCGAGUCCAAAGUACAGGAAGGAGGCUGGAAAUCUUCUCAAUGAGGCUGCUGUGCUGUCCGGGAUCACACCGUGAAAUAUAUAUAUCAAGGACUUUAUUUUGUGUUCUUGUAUUCAAUAUAAAGAAAAGAACACAAUAUUAUAGUACAUAAAACCUGACCAGUAUAAUACAGAGCAUUAGUGCAAGCAGCACUACGCUGAUGAAGGACUAAUAUCUGUUUGUGGUUAUUUAAAAGUUAAAGAUCUAAAAUAAAAAUAUAAAUGGAUAUAAUUGGGGAAUAAAUAGUCAUUUCAGCAUCUUCAGAAAACUAGCUAAUAGUUUUACUUUGGAAAGCAUAAAGAAGGGACAAAAAUACAGAAGAGAAUCCAUUUAUUUUAUUUUUGAGCCCUUUUGUGUAUUUCCUAAUGAGUUUUUUCCACAAAUGAGCCAGUUUUGUUUCUAAAAGCACUUUCAUACUUGUUCAGGAUCAGUCCUCAGUGAUUGUUUCUGCUGUAAAUGUGUAUAUGAACAUUGAUGAAAAACAAUCUUGAACCAUAUGAACAAUCUUUCUUGAACAAUCUUUCCAUAUUAUAGAUUUGUAAGAUUUAUUUUGUAAUUGAAUCACAAUUUUUUUUGUUAGAAUAAUUUUGCCUUUUAAAUAAACACAUAUUAACCCUU